AUGAUCAAUGAUAAAUUAUUAUCAAACUUACUUGGAGUUCAAAAUCGCAAACCAUUAGAUUUUGGUAAUGGUCCAGUCUCAGGAUGUGUCGGUUUGAACGGUCAACUAUUAUCAAUUAAUAGUUAUCAUCCUCAGGUUGGUUAUAUUACAGUCACUUCAUUUGAACAAUUUCCCAAUGAGCAAUUCUACAAUGUACCAUUUGUACGAAAAUAUCGAGAAAAACUACUUGAAAGCGAAAAUUAUGGCUACGGAUUUCGCGUUCAAGGAAUGGAAAACACGUAUGAUAAGAAGAUCGCAUUUGUAGAGUCAGCCUGGCCGCUAUUCACUUUUCGUAUUAAUGAUAAUAUAGAAAUCAAAAGUCUUUUCUUUGUAAGUAAACAAUAUUCAGUGAUCAAUCAAAUAGAAAUUAGAAAUAUGAAUAAUAUUGAAACAGAAACCAUUCAAUAUGAUUUUAGUGGUCAGCUUAAUAUUAAUCGUGCAAGUUAUGCUCAAUUGACGGAAGGUGGACCAAUUGAAAUACCGUCACCCCAUACUGUUCUUCAAUUUAAAAAGAAUCAAAUUUCCAUUCAAAAUUUCAAUUUAUCAUCAGAACUUCUUAUAUCAUUGUUUAUUGAUAAUGAACAGCAAGUACAAUUUACUCCAGAUUCAAAACCAUCUACAAAUGGUUGUGUCUCAUAUAAUCAGACAGGCAAACUGGAGUUAAAUCCACAACAACAUCGAAUAGUUUUUGUUUGUUAUCAUUUAUUAACUUCUGAGAAACUCACCUUUUCUCCAUUAACAGGUCAAAUACCAGAAGCAAGGGGUUGGAUAUCUAACGAUAAUAAUCCUCUUUUGUUUAUAAUACAGCGAAAUGUUGAGUAUAUACUUUCUUGUUGCUCCAUUCCAAUCGGAGACAAUGAUAAUUCAUAUUGCAUUGUAACAGAUAAUCAAAUUUUACCAUUAGGAUGGAAUCGUGAUAAUUAG